AUGAGUGUCCUGGAACCGCUGCAGAUCACAGACACUCACGUGGUCGUCAAAGUCCCUCAUCUCUCUGCCUUUGGCCUCGUCUGGGCUUUGGAGAUUUUAUGGAGGAUUUGGAACAACAGGAACCCAAUUCGUGGCCAAGUUUUGCUGUUCCUCCGACCACCAAACCCCAAAACACAGAAGCAAAACCUGAAUGUGCUUCUCCUGCCAACCAAUAUCCCACUGGCAGAGGUGAGGGCAAAACAGGAAAACUCUGUGUACAUCCAGGCGUCUUCCAACUGCAAACUCAUCAAAGAUCAAAGUUAUAGUGCGCACUGUCUGAACGCCUACAAAAUACAGCCUAAGAAAGCAGAGUUUGAUGUGGAUUUUGGACCAAAUUUCCACCCAACGUUUGAGAUCCGCCUGCCAACAAACACGGAGGAGGCGACUGUAACGGUCCGAGACGAAACAUAUUCAGAUGUCUGGGAGUGUGAAGUUGACUUGACUGGUCCAAGAAGGGAAACUGUACAUUGGAGCGUCCCAGCAGAGGACAGCCUCCCAGCAGAGGACACGCUGCUCUUAGUUCGGACACAGUUCAUCAACAGAGUGUCUGCAGCUGUUCUAAACCAGCUUCUGGAUAAACUUCUGGAGCGUGGUGUUGUGACUGAUGAUGAAAUGCAGUCAGCCAGAACAAAAACGAGAGCAGAAAAGGCACGAGACGUGAUCGACACUGUGCGAAGAAAGGGAACUGAAGCCAGCUCGGUCCUGAUCGCUGCUCUCUAUGAGGUGGAUCAAUGCCUCUCCAGAGUGCUCGCAUUAAGAUGAAGCAAAAUCCAGAAACUGUGGAGUCUGAGAAAGAAUUUCCUUUCACUGCUACAACGAUAACAUGCAAAUAUAUUUCCAUUGAAUCUACUGCAUCCACCCUUCAUUUCCUGCAGGAUGUGAAAUGCUGGAUGGCAAAAAACCCUA